GCCUAGGUGCACAUUAUUGAUAAACGUUCGCGUCGCUAGCAAAUGCUUUAAUAAGGAAAGGGGUGGUAUCUUAUGAAGCCGAUCAACGGAGGAGUGCGGCUAUCUCCAUAUAGAGCGAAAUAUAGAUAUGCAAUUUUAAUAGUAAACAUUAAAUUUCACGGGAGUACUAACUGAUAAAUUGUUGAAUACAAUAUGGAAAGGAUAUUUAAGUCAGAGUUUUCGAGCUAAUAUUGGCUGUGCGGUUUCAUUGAUCUAAAGCGCUGAAUAUUCAGAACUAGAGAUUUUAUUUUGGAAUUAAACACUCAAUCAGUUUUUGGAUACUUUUCAGCAGAGUGAGGAUUUGAAGUAGCUUACAAUGGUAGUGACAGUGUGUUCACCCGACCCCGAGGGUCAGAGCAACAGCCAAGACCCGCACCGUGGAGCCCAGAGUCCAGAAAUCCCACAGGAAAACAGUGACAGCCAAGCCAGAUUCAACUUCGACCCCACAGAGACUGUGAUAGUUGUCAGAAGAAAAAAAGAUCCCGGGGGUCGGGAAAACAGUGUCAUGUUGAAGAGUUUGCUCAAACAAAAAUCUUUAUUGACUAACAAUAAUAUUAAAGGUGGACGGAUAGAAAAAGUUCGUGUGGUUAAAAGCCCAAAGACAACAGAGAUCAAAAAUGCAUCAAUGGCGAUGCGGACGAAUCUCAAGCUGCAGCUUAUGCGACAACAAGCUGAAGAAGAAGAAAAACGAGAAAGGCAGUAUUCACAGUCCCUGAAAACAUCGUACAUUCCAACCAGUGGUAUUGACGUACCGCCUCAAACAUCACAUACAUCGGAAGUUCCACCACAAGUUCUACAGGUUAGAACAAAGUUGGAAAACCCGACUCGUUACCAUGUUAUACAGAAACAAAAAAAUCAAAUCGAGUCAUACCUUAGUCAGUCGCAGGGUAAUCAUACAGGUAUACAGUCGAUGCCAAAUGUCAGACUUACAUCAACCAGUGACAUUCCACAACAUAUGCACAGUGGUAGUGCACCUGUUGACCCUGAUAGUCCACUGUCAGUGGGCAUGAGUAGUACAGCCACAAGCAUCUCUGAGGUUGAAAGUAUUCUCAAUGACCUUCAGGAUCUUGAGUCUGUGGACACUAAUUUCGAUGAUGAUCUCAAAUUCAUUACGCCGUCUCUUGUUCAAAUGUCGUCUACAAAUCCUGCCACUAAUGACUAUGUUUUCACCCCAGUCGGUGCAGCCGUUACCUCAGCAAAGUCUGCUCCCACUGUUUUACCAGGACAGAGAAUUGCCACACCUACUUCUUUCCUCACAGAAGAUGAUGCAAGAAUGUGGGCGAAAGAACGUCAGAAGAAAGACAACCAUAACAUGAUUGAGAGAAGGAGGAGAUUUAAUAUUAAUGACAGAAUCAAGGAACUCGGAACGAUGCUUCCUAGACAUAUAGACCCUGAUUUACGGCAGAAUAAAGGUUCAAUAUUAAAGGCAUCUGUUGAUUAUAUUAAGAAGUUAAAAAGGGAUCAAGAACGUCUUAAACAAAUUGAAGAAAAACAGAGACAAACAGAGUUACAGAACAGGAAGAUGAUGCUGAGAGUACAGCAACUUGAAUUGUUGAUGAAAGCCCAGGGCUUGAACACAGGAUUCUCAGAUGACAUCCACAGUCUUACAACUCUUGUCCAACCAAAUACUGUAAAUAAUUUGACUGUAAGGCAACAACAAGUUAGACAAGAACGAAACAAUUCUGCACCAAAUUUUCAAAACAUUCAGCAAGAUAUUCCAGUUACUGUAGCAACGACCUUGAACUUGGAUGACAUCAUGGAUGAUAGUUCAUCAGGACUCUCAGCUGACCCGAUGUUAUCGUCACAUCCUGUGAGCCCAAGUAUGGAUGAUGAGAGCAUGGAUUAUGGCUUAUGAAAGUGACACUGGUAAAAGUGACAGAACAUUGUUCUCCCCCUCGUAUUUUCAGUUUACAACUGAAUGGUAUCCAGGCAGGAUAAACAAAAGGACCUGUGGUGAAGUUAUGUGAUUUUUUUAUGCAUUGUUAAACAAGAUGAAUAGAAAACAAACAUUAAAUUGCCAUAUAUCUAGAUUUAAAGUCUAAUAUGUUGCAGUAUAAAUCGGCAAAGUUUACUGGAUUAAGUUAAUCAAGUUAUUUUGUUCAUCUUUUUCUAUUAACAAAUAAUCAAACAUAACCUGCCAAGGGUACUGGAUUGUUAGUUAUGCAUCUUACAUUCACAGAGGAAUUACUCGAAAUAUGAAGGGGUAAUGUUUGAGGUGUACAGUGCAGCAAGAUGUUACACGAUAGACUUUCAUUUUAAUCAUGUUUUGUACAUGUUAGACCAUUAAUUGUAUGUAAAUUUAAUGGCAUUGCAUAAAAAUGGUUGUCAAAUCCAUGAUUUUACAUUGAAAACCAUAGUUUUUAAACUGUUAAGACCAUAGUUUUUCUGUUGACAGGAUCAUAGUUUUACUGUUUUAUCAUGAUAUAUUGUUUCAUUUCAAGUUUUUAGACAUAAUCCCUGCGGGCAGGUUUGGAGUAGUUAUCAUUAUUUUAAAAUAAUGUAUAACUAAAGUAUUCUGUUAUAGACUCAACAUUUGAAUGCAGGGUUCAGUAAAGUGUGCUAUAGUUAACUGUAUAUUAAGUUAUCAUUUAUUUGUUAUCAUCACCAUAUGAUGUUAAUGGACGAUGACUCCAAAGAUUAAGAAAACAACUCUAGAAAAUUUGCAUAUAAUGCUAUAUGGUUAAAUUUAUUUCAUAAAUAUAUUAAUGAGAGUUUUGAGGAAGACAAGUUUUCAUAAGUUUGCAUUUGAAAUGCUUAAAUGCAUCAUGACUUUCCUAUCAGUGUGAAACCUGGACAGCUUCGCUUUCUUAAAACCAUUACAGUGGGAAAUUGGGAAUGGAUUCAGAUUUCAUUUUUUUGCUGUAUUUUUUUUUUUAAAUUCUGGAACGUAUGUGAAGCGACUUUGUGAAGGGCAGCCAUUACUUAUUGAAGUACCUGUGCAUUUAUUAAUUGUUUGUGUCAUUUAUCACCCAUGGAUGUUUGUGUGAAAGGUAGUUAUUUAAUCUUUGUUAAAGACAGUUCUUGGUAGUCCACCCUGUUAGUAAAAGAUGGUUGCAAAAAGACUUAGGCUUUUAUUGGCAUUUGACAAUAGAGAAUGUCUGAAGGCAUUAGUCUUUCAUUUUUGACUAUAGUUCGGAAAUAAUCAUUUUUUGGGGUGUGGAGAGCACUCAUGUCAUAAAAACAAAUUGUUCUUGAUUUAAUAGAAGUCAAAAAUCACUAGAAAACAUUAAAAAUCAAAGUAAGAUUGAAAAACAUGUAAAUGUAUGCAGCUAUGUCAAAUUAACUUGUACGUCAUUUCCAUCGUCCUAAUGUUUGGUGCUAUGCAUUUGAAUUUCAUGAAUUUGUAGUAAUUUUCUUGUUUUUGUUGUCAAUACCCAUUAACAGAAUUUCAUGUUGUGUCGAUUUGUAAACAUUAUGAUAUUAAUAUUAUAUAAAAUUUUAUAUUGAAGAUAGGGUGUUUGCAACAUGCACUUUUGAUCAGAUGCAGCUUGAGAUUAUGGAAUCUGAUGUAAAUAAUAGUUUAGACCCUAGACAAUCUAAUGAGUGCUACUGUGUGAAAACCAACAUCAGGGCUUUGUGACCAGUAAAGAUCCAGAUCAGUGCACAUCCAUACUGACAGUUUAUCAAUUUCUACACUUGCAUGUAACUGAAAAGCGAACGGUAUGGAUCUAGGUACGACUGCAUGGAUGUGUAGGCUGAUCUGGAUCCAUACUAGUCACAAAACCCUGAUGUUGGUUUUGUACAGCGGCACUUGUAAAACUCUCCAUUUAUAAAGUUUCUAUUUGGUGAUGAAUAACAUAACAUAACAUCCUUUUCAUGAGCAAGCAUGCUAUAUCUGAAGACUUCUUGGUCAACUUCAGAAAUAUGUCUGAGGUUUCUCCCCAUUUAAGAUUGGACGGGAAGUUGGGAAAGAAUUUUUUAUGCCAGUUUUUUUUUAUUUAAUACAGUUAUCAGUUAACAAAUAUUUAAAAUAAUGUGUGAUACAAAAUGUAGUGCAGAGACAAUUUUUUUGUGUGUAGACAACUGGAGAGGAAACAAACAAUAUUUUAUUUUAGGCCCAACGUAGGGGCUACAUGUAGCAAAAUGACCACCAGGUUGAACCAGCCAUUGAUUAGUUAAUUGUCAUUGUUAUUGUUGAAUUCACUAUAAUGUUUGUUAUGUUUUUUUAAAUAUCUUUUAAGUUUAGCGAUUUUAAAAAGUGAUUGUAGCAGUUUUGUAAAUAAAUCUAUUUUAGGUUAGAAGUGGUUACUUUAUGACUUUGUGUAUAUUGUAAUUUCUGUAUAUUUACCAGUUUGAAAUAGAUUUGGAAGUUGGUUGGUAUAGUUUGUCUUCCAAUCAUGCCAAAAAUCUUUGUAGACUGUUUAGUAUAUAUUGACUGUUAAAUGUAACAAAGGAAUAUUUAGAUCAGUUAAGCUUAUUUUUAUAAGUGUAUUGAUGAUUGUCUACGCAUUAGUAGCAGCAGCAGCUUUUUCUAGCACUGGCUCGAUUAUUUAUUACUGUGCUUCUAUGUACUUAAUCGGAGACAUAGGGUUCAAAGUAAAAGUUACCUGUAGAUAGAUACAGGCAGGAUUCAACAUAAAAGUGUAGACAGAGACUAGGGUUCAGAGUAAAGUUGUCUGUAGAAAGAGACAACCUGGAUUUAAAGUAAAAGUUACAUGUAGAUAAAACCCAGGGUUCAAAGUAAAAAGUUGAGUGUAGACAGAGACCAGGGUUCAAAGUAAAAGUUGCAUGUUGGUAGAGACAAACAAGAAAAUUAACUGUGUACUGAGUUCACUAGGAAUUUAGGUAAAAGUUGCAUGUAGAGAGACCACCAGGGUUUAAAGUGAAAGUUACAUGUAGGCAGAGAUCACCACGGUUUAAAGUAAAAGUUACAUGUAGGCAGAGACCACCAGCGUUUAAAGUGAAAGUUACAUGUAGAGAUAGACCACCAGGGUUUAAAGUGAAAGUUUCAUGUAGAGAUAGACCACCAGGGUUUAAAGUAAAAGUUACAUGUAGGCAGAGACCACCAUGGUUUAAAGUAAAAAUUAACUGUUUACAGAGUUCACUAGGAUUUUAAGUAAAAGUUGCAUGUGGAGAGAAACCACCAGGGUUUAAAGUGAAAGUUACAUGUAGAGAGACCACCAUGGUUUAAAGUGAAAGUUACAUUUAGACAGAGACCACCAUGGUUUAAAGUAAAGGUUUAAAGUAAAAGUUCAUGUAGACAUAGACCCCCAUGGUUUAAAGUAAAAUGUUACAUGUAGACAUAGACCAGGGUUCAAAGAAAAAAAAACAUUUGUAGAGAGAAAUCAUGGUUUAAAGGAAAGUCUGGGACACUAGAAUUUAGAAGUCGUCAUUAGCCAGAGACCAUCAGGGAUUGAAGUAAAAGCCAUAUGAAGACCACCAAGCUUUAAACACCUUAUUUAUUUCUUGUGUUAUAAUACUUUCUGUGUAAUAUACCUCUGAUUAGACUGACCACCCCUUUAAAAGGAUUCUUUUAUGCUUUCCUUGAUUUUUUUUUUUACUUUGGUUUGAUUUUAUGGGAAAUAACUAAUUUAUCUGAAAUAAAUGCUGUUUUGGGGGCAUUUUAGAUAUUCAUUUCGGGCUAUUUUGAAGACUGUUCCUGAGUUAUUUCAGUUUGAAAAGAGUUUUAAAAAGAGAAAAAAUAAUAAACACUUUGUAUUUUGUAUGUUAUCCAUCUUCUGAAGCAAACUAUCAUGUUUACUUGCUUUUAAUCCCAUUUAUCAUUAUGGAGGAUAAGUGCAAUAGCUCUUUACUUGUAUGUAUAGAUUUAAAGUUGUAAAAAUUUAACCAAAAUAUUUUUUCUAGAUUGAUUUAAAUUUGUGGGAAAAUGGCUGAAAUGUCUGUCUAGAAUUUUCUUAUUUAAUAGAAAUUCGACAAUGUCAUUUCUUUUCUUUGCAAUUUUUGCCUGCACAAGCUUGUAUAUACCACCAUAAAGUGACAAUGCACCGUAGUAAGGUAAGCUGAAAUUUGCAAUUGUGUUUUACUUGGUUGAAAUGGACAAAAAUGUGCAAAAGACAAUAUUGCAUUGUAAAGAAAGAGUGUAUCAUUUUGUUAUUAUGGUUCUACUUGCACAUUUUUAAAAACAUUAGAAUAUGUAAAUUACCUGUUUAUGUAUAUAUUGUUAAUAUCAUAUCACAUAUUUCCAGGUCAUAUUAUAAUAAAGCUUGAUUGAUCAAAAACUGCA